AUGUUAGCUCAAUUAGGACAUUUACCUCGAUUCGUCAGAUUGACAUUAUUGGUGACGACAUUGAUCGUAAUCCCGACUCUAUACCUACUUUACCCGACUACCGAGAGAUUACCUUCACCAGGCGAGGUCCAAUCCGGUGGAAUUGACAGUGAACAUUGGAGGAAUCCGAUACAGCCUAAUUUAGAUGGAUCAAGUGUUAAAGAGGAAGUGAGAGAAUGGGAAGAUGAAUUACCCCUUGGUGAUCCAAAAAAUCACGAAAGUAGUUCAUGGGGAGGACUGAGUGAAGAGACUUUGAACGGUGGAGUCAUAAUGCCUAAACUAGGAAAUGAGACAGCCAAAGCGGAAUUAGGUAGAUCAGCUUGGAAAGUCUUACAUCUCAUGACAUUACGCUAUCCCGAUGAACCAAAAGAAGGUGAUCGACAAGCUUUGAAAUCGUUCUUCCACCUAUUCUCAAGAUUAUAUCCAUGCGGUGAAUGUGCGACUGAAUUUCAAAAAUUGCUCAAAGAGUAUCCACCUCAAACAUCCUCACGUAAAUCAGCUUCAUUAUGGUUAUGUCAUGUCCAUAAUUUAGUCAAUGAAAGACUAGGCAAACCCGAAUUUGAUUGUUUGACUUUAGACGAGACAUAUGACUGUGGAUGUGGUGAAGAAAGUUCUACGAUAAGUUCCGCAAUACCUAAGGAGACUGGUAAGAUCCAAGUGGAUGAACGUGAAGAUGGGAGGGGAUCUCAAGAACAGGCAAUAGGGGCUGUACAUCCUAGUUUCGAAUCAGAGGAUGAUACGGACCAGUACAAAUCAGAUGAAGGCGAUCACGAGUUGAAAUUCGAACAGGAACAGGAUCAGUCAAGGAACCAAGAAGAAAAUGAAAAUCUGAUACAUGGAGAUGGUCACAUAUGA